CUCCCGGCUUUGGUCGAGGGCCUGUUGUCAUAUUUAAGUCCCCUCGAUCCUUCUUCCCUUCUUUCCUUAUCUUCAUACCAUCCUUCUCAAAUCAUUAAUCCUCCUCAACUAUCUCACACAGCAAAAUGGUCCUCCCCGAACGCCCUUCGUCUGGCAAGCGCCGCGUUAUCAUCGUCGGUGCUGGUCUCGGUGGCCUUGCCUGCGCCAUGGCAAUGCACCACCAGGGAUUCGAAGUCCUCAUCUUUGAGAAGAUCAAGAACUUCCUCCGCCUUGGCGACUCCCUUGGCCUCGGAGAGAAUGCUCUCAAGCUGCUCAAGCGUUGGGGCAUCUACGAGGAGAUCAUUGCCAUCGGAAAUAAGAACCCUAACAUGAACAUCCGACGCUGGGACGAUGGCAAGAUCCUUGCCGUCCAGCCGUUGAUGGACAUGGCUGGCUACAUCGGUCACCGUGGUGACUACCACACAGCGUUCAUCAACCGCGUCUUGGCUCUGGGAAUGGAAAUCAACAUGGGUCACGAAGUCGAGAGCUUUGACGAGGAGAGCCCCAGUGUCACUCUUACCGACGGCCGUACUUUCUACGGAGACGUCAUCGUCGGCGCUGACGGUAUCAAGUCAAAGACCCGUGAGCUUGUCUUGGGCUUUACCGAUGCUCCCAAGAGCUCUGGCUACGCCUGUUACCGCGCAUACUUCAAGGGCGACAUCCUCAAAGACAUUCCCGAGUGCCAGCCUAUCUUGGACCACGACUGCCUCAACAUCUGGAUCGGACCCGACAUGCAUCUCGUUCAGAACACUCUUCGCGACGGAGAGGAGUUCAACUGGAUUCUCACUCACAAGGAUGACACUGAUAUCAAAGAGAGUUGGUUCCAGCCUGGUGACAUGGACGACGUGCGCAGGCUGCUCAAGGGUUGGGAUCCCCUUGUUACCUCUGCUGUCAAUGUCACUCCUUCCUGCCUUGACUGGAAGAUCUGCUACAGAGCUCCUAUUCCUACCUGGGUCAGCAAGAGCGGCAAGAUCGUCUUGCUCGGUGACAGCUGCCACCCUCACUUGCCUACCAGUGCUCAGGGUGCCUCUCAGGCCACCGAGAGUUCAGCUGUCUUGGCUCUUUGCCUUAAGCUUGCUGGUCCUGGCAAUGUUCCUUUGGCUACCCAUGUCUAUGAGCGUCUCCGAUUUGACCGUGUCCGUCAGGCGCAGCUUUCUGGCGAGGAUGUUCGCAACCGCUGGCACAACGCUUUGAAGGACCUAGAUGGUGGAGAGGAGAUUGACCCGGAUGAUGUCAAAAUUAAGAACCGCUGGUUGUACACAUACGAUGCCGAGGAGGACACCAUCAACCGCUGGGAUGAGGUCAGCAAGGUCGUCAAGGCCGAGUUGGAAGCCGGCAAGAUCUCACCCCUCUUUGGCGAGGAUGGACCGCCACGCAAGUUGCUUGUUCGCGACGCCUACGGCAAGAUCAAGUCGACCCCUCAGAACACAAUUCCCUUGCCUUCCCUUUCUGUUUAAGUCUUUAUCGCAUAUCAUAGUCUAAUUUUAUUUGUCCGUUUUAUC